AUGCAAAUGGCGCAGUCGGAUAAACGUCGUAUUCAAUUGCAGGUAUUUUAUCGGCGUCCAGAGUUCAAUUCGCUCGUAGCGUAUCAGCUUAUGUUCUGGACCGGUAUUAUGGAUGUUGGUCAGCUAAUCGUGUUUGAUGUGUCGGGAGUUGUUGCUGCAUUUCAAUGGAAUCGGUUUCCUUCCUACUUCCUUGGCUCAACACUCUAUGCCCUCUGGUUUUCGAUGCUUUUCCUUUCGAUUUUCACGACACUCAACCGCUUCGUAUCAGUAGUGUUCAGGUCACAUUAUAACACGCUAUUUAACAAAAAUCACGUUAAAGUAAGUUUCACUGACCACUUGGCAUCUUUUGGAUACCCUAAAGAAACUUACCAUAUCAUCUCAAGAGGUACUCAUAGUCAACAGUUCUUGUAUCUCAUUCCACUGAAACAAUCAAACUCGUCAUUGUUAACACUGAACAAAAAUGGUAGCUGGUCAAAUAGAAGACGGUUCGCAUCAACGCUAAUGUCAACGAAUGUGUAUAUGAAUCAAGUUGUUACAUAUCAUGUAAUUACUUUCCUGGUGUAUCACGUAUCAGGAAAAUGA